AUGGGUAUUCUAUUCUACAGAGAAAGUCGCAAAAAUAAUCUAAUAUCAAAAUUUAGGAGGUUGCAUUUAGUUGCUAAUGGUUGUUUGAAUUGGGCUUGCAUUGGAGUCGACCUUGCAUUUAGUCUUUAUGGGGUUGCAGUAGACUUAAGUCCAUGGUUAGAUAGAGCUAUAGAAAUGGAUAGCAUUGCAAUUGUAAUCCAACACAGUGGGCAAUGGGAUGAAAACAGAAGAAACUACAUCAACUUUGAAGUUUGUGGUUUACUCAUUCCAAAUAGUUGCACCUACAACAACUUGGUUGGAAUAAUAUGUGAACAGUUGAAGUUGCAACCAGAAUCAACAGUUUUAAAAAUCGAGUAUCAAGUUAGAGAAGGAUACCCUACUUUCAAAAUUGUUGAUGAUUCGCAAUUGAUGUUCUACAUGGACUUUAAGAAAAAGGAAACAGAUUUAACAAAAUAUCCAUUGUGCCUCACAACUGAGAUCAAUUCAAUUAGGCAAUCAUUCUUCUCAAAUAGGAGUACAACAACACAUAAUCAACUGUAUGAUGAAGUUACACAAGCAGAAGGAGAGGCAUCAAAUUCAGAUGAUGAACUAGUUCUUGAUUGCGGUGCCAAAGAAGUUGUAGGCUUUAUUGAUUAUGCAAACUCGGUCUCCAACCAAAUUAUAGAAAUGCUAGACAAAAGAAAUGAUGAAGAAGAAGUGAUUGACAUUGAUGAAGAUUUGGUAAUCAACAACAAGCACCACCAAGAGAUUUCUUUGUCUCAAAUCUACAAAGACAAAGAUACUUUGAAGACAGUAUUGAGCCACUAUGCAAUCAGCAAUCAUUUCCAAUAUUGUGUGCAAAAGUCUUGCAAAAAGGAGUAUGUUGUUGCUUUCCUUGACAAAAAUUGCAAGUGGAUGUUACGAGCUUCAAGGAAUGGAAACACAAAUCAAUUCAUAAUUAGAAGGUUCAGCCACAUUCACACAUGUGCAUUGGAAAUAAGAUUAAAAAACCAACGUCAGGCAACCUCGACAAUCAUUGCAGAUAUGAUCAAGCACAAGUUCACAGACAUCAAAACAAAGUACACAGCUGCAGAUAUUGUUAGGGACUUGAAACAUGAUCAUGAAGUGCAAGUCAAAUACAGCAAAGCUUGGAGGUCUAGAGAAAAAGCUAUUGAAAAAGUGAGAGGUAAAGCAGCUGAAUCUUAUGCAGAAUUGCCUAGUUAUUUGUAUAUGUUGCAUCACACAAAUAUAGGAUCAUAUAUUGAACUAAAAGCAGAUGAAGAUGGCAACAUAUGGAGGACAUUACUGGUUGCAGCCACUCAAGAUGCAGAAGGUAGAAUCUUCCCCCUAGCAUUUUGUGUAGUUGAUUCAGAGAAUGAUGAUUCUUGGGAGUGGUUUUUUGAGAAUUUCAAAAAAGCUUAUGGUGUAAGAGAAUGCAUGAGCAUUGUAUCUGAUCGACAUGAAAGCAUCAUAAAAGCAACCAACACAGUGUACCCAGAAGUACCACAUGGGGCUUGCACCUUCCAUCUGCUAAAAAACAUGAAAAGCAAGUUCAAGGGGAACUCAAAAAAGUUCAAGGAUACAUUUUUCGCAGCUGCAAAUGCAUACACUGUCAAAAAGUUUGAGUACCACAUGAGAGAACUUGAUAUGAUUGACAACAGGCUACAACCUUACCUACAAAAUAUUGGCUACAACAGAUGGGCAAGAGUUCACUCACCACACAAUAGAUACUCAAACAUGACAUCGAACAUUGCAGAAUCCUUGAAUUCUGCAAUCGUAGCAGUAAGAGAGCUACCAAUUUGUACAAUGCUAGAGUGUUUACGAGGUUUGGUUCAACAAUGGAGUUGGACUAACAGGAAGAUAGCAAAUGCAACCUCCACCAAGUUGACCGAGAAGCAUGAAGGGAUCUUGAAUGACAACUACAUCUACUCAUUGAAGUUGACGGUGCACCCAACAAAUCAUGUUUUGUACGAAGUUCGUGAUGAUGUCAAGAAAUCAAUAGUUGAUCUCAACUCAAGAACUUGCACAUGCAACAGGUUUCAGAUGGAUCAACUUCCUUGUGCCCAUGCAAUUGCUAUUCUUAAAGAAAUGAUUCAAGACCCAUAUCAAUACUGUUCUCCAUAUUAUAGCAAGGAAGCCAUGGUUGCAACCUAUCAAGAAAUUGUAUACCCAAUUGGCAAUGAAGACACUUGGGAAAUACCUGAACAUAUCAAAGCUGUGAAAGUACACCCUCCAGAAGGAAGAAUAAGGGUUGCAUUUUGUUAUAUUGGGUAUGUGUUUGAUGUUGAAGGGAGUUACAAUGACUUUGUAAUUGAGGUUGCAUUAAGAAUUGCAUUUAGUUGCAUUCAGUUGCAUAGAGUGCUUCAAGUGCAUAAUAUUUCUUGUAGAAAUUACCUGUUACAGGCAAAAGUUGGUGAGAAUUCUUCUGUUGAUAAUCUCUGUGAUUGGUUUUGA